AAAGCAGCGUUAUUAUCUCUUUAUUCCCCAUUUUGUUGUGUUUCGUACAUUACAUCGUUCUCUGAUCCAUACAUUAUUUCAGCGUGUGGUUGUUCACAUGGUGAAAUGGAUAAGAUUUACGCGACUCUGGCAGAAAUUGAGCGAAGAGAAGGCUAUAAUUUCGAUUUACUUAUUUGUUGUGGAGACUAUGAAGCUGUCAGAAAUUAUGGAGAUUUGAAACAUAUGCAUGUACCAGAGAAAUAUCGGAAUCUCCAAACAUUUCAUCGAUAUUAUUCAGGCGAAAUAGAAGCUCCGGUAUUGACAGUUUUUGUUGGAGGAAAUCACGAAGCAUCUGGUUUUUUGCAAGAAUUACCGUAUGGUGGUUGGGUUGCACCGAAAAUUUAUUUUAUGGGACAUGCAGGUGUUAUAAAGUUUGGAGGUUUAAGAAUAGCUGGUCUUUCUGGUAUUUAUAAUAAAAAUGACUUCGAUAUGGGUCAUUGGGAACGUCCGCCAUUUACGAAUUAUGGGGCGCUGGUAUCGGCUUACCAUGUUCGUUCAGUUGAUAUGUUCCGUCUGAAGCAGCUAAAACCGAAAAAUUCGAAAGGACCCUUAAUAGAUAUUAUGAUAACGCAUGAUUGGCCCGCAGGCAUUGCCUGUUAUGGUGAUGUCGAACAGCUGCUGAGAUUAAAGCCUUAUUUUAAAGAUGAUCUGGAAAGGAAUGCUAUAGGCAAUCCUAUUUCGAUGAAUCUUCUACAUCCACGUUACUGGUUAGCUGCUCAUAUGCAUUGCUUUUUUGCAGCCUUAGUUCCUCAUUCUGAUAAGAAUGAUACUGAAGAUGUUUUUGAGCCUACCAGAUUUUUGUCAUUAGACAAACCACUUCCCCGAAGACAUUUUUUACAGGUUUUAAACUUUAAAGUCCAUCAAGAUGAACCACUUCAUCUUUCUUAUGAUCCAAUAUGGUUGGCAAUUUUAAAAUCAACAGAUAAAUUCACAUCAGCAACUAAAAAUAUAUCUUAUAUGCCAUCACAACAUAAUCGAAAUGAGCGAUGGGACUUUAGGCCAACUGAAGAAGAACUUGAAGAAAUUAAAAAAAUAUUUGAUGGAGAUUUCAAAAUUCCCAUGAAUUUUAAAAUGACAGCUCAACCGCAUAAAGAAAGUGAACACAUUGACAGUGCUCAAGAAAUUUAUUACAGAAAUCCUCAGUCGGCAGAAUUUUGUUCCAAACUUGGAAUUCAAGAUUUAAAUGCAAUGCUUUGUUCACUAUCAAAGGAUGGGGUCGGUGUUCCAUAUUAUCUCAGGACUAGCGAUAAUUUGCAUAAUGAUUCAGGAAACAAAGCUGUCUACGAUAAAAAUAUGGUAACUAUUAGCACUUAUUCAUCUUUAGAAAAUAUACAACAUCUUUAG